AUGGGGGCCGGCAUAAACUUAGCCCGUUACAGAUUUCUAGUCUAUACUAAUCCCAAAAGUCAAAUUCCAUUCUCCAAAAACAAUGUCAAUAUGACGGGAAUUUCACUGGAUGCAAACCACCCUCAAAAACGAAUGCCUACCCUCCUAAAAAAUUUCAACGUCUUCGGCGACGAUGUCAGUCUAAUCGCAAAAUCUUUAAUUUUAAACAAACUGGAUCAAAAACAGGAUAUUUUGACACAGUUUACAGAUUGUUUCAUAUUAAGGGAUCACAAAAUAUUUAAAGAAGAUAUAUGGGUACGUAGAGACGUCCAAAUUAAUGGUGCAUUUGGAAUUGACUUUUCCCAACUUCAAGAUCACCAUGACCCUAAUAAAGAUAUUCAAUUUGUUGGUGAAAAGUUGCUAAAACAUGGAGUGACAUCAUUUGUUCCUACAAUAAUAACCUCCCCUGUAUCAUAUUAUCAUAAGAUUCUUCCUAAAAUAAAGAAAACCAAGAUUCCCGAUCAUAGAUGUGCUAAUGUUUUGGGUGUACACUUAGAGGGCCCAUUUAUAAACCCAUCCAAAAGAGGCAUUCACCAGCCCGAAUUUAUAUACAAACCUUCUUCCAUAUCUUUGCCUCCUCUGCCUCAAAAUGGGGCCCUAACGCAGCAAGUACCUACUGUUUCCCAUGAUCGACCAUUACUUUAUUCUUCUUUAACGGAAGUUUAUGGAUCAGGUUUUGAUGAGCCCGAUUCAGCUCCUCUCAUAAUAACAUUAGCUCCCGAAUAUGUGGGAGCUGACAAGGUAAUCGAAAAACUCACGCGAGAGAAGGGGAUCCGCGUUUCCUUAGGACAUUCAAUGGCCAACCUGGAACAAGGAGAGAAAGGUGUUGAAAGCGGUGCUUCCUUUAUAACCCAUUUAUUUAAUGCAAUGCUUCCGUUCCAUCACCGAGAUCCUGGAUUGGUCGGCCUUUUAACAGCAUGUCCUCAUAUUUUCUAUGGAAUGAUAACGGACGGCAUUCACACCAAUCCUGCUGCUAUCAAAAUUGCGCAAAGAACUUUGCCCCAAGGUCUUGUUAUUAUAACCGACGCUAUUCUGACCAUGGGCUUAGAUGAACUACCCCCCUCUCCCAACGAUAAAAAGACUAAGAAACAUCCAGGUAAUUUAGAACGUUAUCAUUCAGUAGACGAAAGUCCUGUCCAACACUUUACUUUCGGAGGUCAAGAUGUCAUUUAUUCACCUGGCGAUAAAACUGCCAUGUCACAACAACAAACUUUAGCUGGAGGUAUGACUCCAUUCGACGCCUGCGUUCAAUAUUUCAAAAAGUCCACAGGCUGUACCUUGGUCGAGGCGCUAGAAUGCAGUUCACUUCAUGCGGCCCAAGCGUUAGGUAUAACAACAUCCAAGGGCUGUCUCGACUUUGGAAACGAUGCAGAUCUAGUAAUACUCGAUCCUGAUACCUUGAAAGUGCAGGGCACAGUUUUAGGGGGCAAGUUGGCAUAUCAAUCGAAUGAGAGCAGCAAACUAGAAAAUAGGAAAAGGAAUAUAAGGGAACUAGACAAGAAUAUCAAAUCUCAUUAUAUUUGAGACUAGGCUUGGAGCCUUUUUUUAAAUAAUAUAAUAUUUAUUGCAAUUACCUUUUUUUAAACAUUUUGAACAUGACAUAUUUUCAUAUAUUAUUGACGAAAUUAUUGGUUCAACUAUAUAUUUAUUAAAUAGUAUUUUUUUUAAAGUUAAUUUUAAUUUUUUUUAACCUUAUAUAAUUAUUGCAUUUGGUACAAUUGUUUUUUAAAUGACAAAUUUUUAUAACUUUAAUUAUUGAAAUAUUAUUAUCAAUUUUUAUA